AUGUCUGGAUCAACCCCAUAUCCUCAUCUCCCCUCCAAACUGAUCCUCACCUCGACAAAGGCCUACUUCUCCCCGUCCCGCACACUGGCAUACCUCGCCUCCCUCCUCGACCCGGCCCACAACAUCCUCCCCCUCCUACAGAGACAUAGCUCCGACGUCCUCUUCGUUCUCAUCCCGGACUUUCUCACAAUAUAUCCGUGUGCACAGGUUCUGAGCUCAGAAUUCCCGCCUUCUUCAUCUGAAGGAGGGGCUGGAGGCGGGACGCGCCUGGACUCUUCGUCGUGGCCCAUCGCUCUCGGCGCGCAGAACGUCUACCCCUCGACCACCUACGGCGCCUUCACAGGCGAGAUCGUUGUGCCCGGAAUCAAGGAACUAGGCUGCUCUAUCAUCGAGCUCAACCACGCCGAGCGCCGUCGCUACCUGGGCGAAAACGACGUCACCGCCGCCGCAAAAGCCGCCGCCGUCUGCGCCGCGCACAUGGUUCCCCUGGUGUGCAUCGGGGAACUGGACAGGCCUGAUCUCAGAGGCCCCAUGAGCCAGGCCGUCGGCGUCGCCAUGGCCCAGCUGCGCCCGCAGAUCCAGAGCGUCUUGACCGCCGUGCCGCUCGACGCGCCCGUCAUUUUCGCGUACGAGCCCGUCUGGGCCAUUGGCGCCGCCGAGCCCGCCGGCGUCGAUUACGUCGGCCCCGUCGUACAGGCCAUCCGAGAGGUCGCGAGGCAAAUUGUGCCUGGGAGAAGAGCGGACGUGAAGGUCGUGUAUGGGGGCAGCGCCGGGCCCGGGCUGUGGAGCGGGAAGAACAAUGGAGGAAACGGAUUGGGGCAAUGGGUCGAUGGGUUGUUCUUAGGCAGGUUUGCCCACGAGAUUUCGGGCGUGAGGGGUGUCGUGGAAGAAGUGAUGGGAAGUUUGGGAACAAGGUGA